AUGCCUUUACUAUUCUGUCCCACCUGUUCAAACCUCCUCACAAUCUCCACCACUCCCUCGACCGCAACCACCGACCCCGACGAAGUCAACACCAACCGCAUGGAAUGUCGCACCUGUCCCUAUCACUACAUCAUUAAGAAACGCUACUACGAACGCAAGGUCUUUAAGCACGUCGAUCAGGACGAUUUCUUUGGCGGCCCAAAGGCCUGGGAUAACGCGCCGAAAUGCGAGGUCCAGUGUGCGAAGGACGAGUGUAAUGGGAUGAAGGCUAUGUUUUACUCGGUGCAGAUAAGGAGUGCGGAUGAGCCGAUGACGAAUUUUUAUAAGGUGAGCGAGGAGUUAUGGAUGGUGGGUGGUGGUUGGAGGAGUGACUAA